AUGGUGCUGAACGAUACCGUCUCCAGCUUGGUCACGGCUGACCCAGGCCUGCCACGCCCAAAUCCCACCCAGUCUUACUGGCAACACAUUCCACAUGCUCUCGCUGACGUUCAAUCCUCGGAGUUGCCAACCGAUCAAGACUUUGCCAUCAUUGGAUCUGGGAUCACCGGGCUAGCUGUGGCCAAAACCCUACUGGAACACCAUCCUAUCGCCACGGUAACUGUCCUGGAGGCUCGUGCGCUCUGCUCUGGGGCAACUGGUCGCAACGGUGGCCAGAUGGCGGCGAACGCCGGCGAGCAGUAUUUGAACCUAGUGGAAACCCAUGGUACCGAAACAGCAGGCAAGAUUGUGGAUUUCACAUUCCGCAACCUGGAGAAGAUGCAAGAACUGAUCAAUGAAUAUGACGCUGCGGGAUACAGUGAGAUGCAAAGUCUCCAAAAAUUGCGGGUGUUUCUCACGCAGCGUAAAUUUGAUGAUUUCAAGAAAAGUAUUGCGCGCUUGGAAGCGGAUCACCCAUCCAAGAAAGGGCUGUACACAAUCUUGGAUGCUAACGCAGUUCUCAAGGACCAUGGAGUCCAUGGAACGUUUGGGGGAGCACUCCUUCCUGCGGGGACAGUCUGGCCCUAUCGUCUGGUCACCAAAGUGUUCGAAGAGCUCUUGAAAAAAUACCCUGGGCGACUGAAGCUUGAAACGCACACACCGGUCGAGUCCAUCGAAUAUGCCCCAAUUAUUGCCUCGCCUGAGACAACCAUCAAUCCAUACGUACUGCGCACUCCUCGCGGUCCACUGCGAACCACGGUUGUGGUACAUUGUACCAAUGGAUAUAGCGGCCAUCUUCUCCCGAGAUUGAGAGGGCUGAUCCAUCCAUUCAAAGGCACAAUGACUGUUCAGGACCCGGGGAACUCCAUACCAAACCGGGGCGCUACAGUCUCGUGGGGGUUCCAUUACCCACGCACCUCAGACCCUCAGACAAAGCGCGUGGGAUACGGGCUAUAUUACCUGGGACAAAGUGCUAAGUCCGGGUAUUUAUAUUUUGGUGGGGAGAAUGCACGCGUGGACGAGUCAGUCUCCGCCGACGAUAGCUUUGUGGCCGAGCACUCUGUUAGCCACCUCCAAACAGUUUUGCCAAAAUUCUUCGGCGAGAAUCACCCAUCCAAUUGGCGGCUGAUCAGUUCGUGGAGUGGGAUCAUGGGUGAUUCACCUGACGGUCUUCCAAUUGUUGGACGAUUGUCGUCAGCCUUGUCGGGGCGAAAGGGAGAAGGCGAGUGGAUUGCUGCUGCGUUCAAUGGCUACGGCAUGGCAAAUAGUUUGAUGAGUGGCGAGGCAUUAGCUCUGAUGAUAUUGGGACAGGAUGUUAGUGACUGGCUGCCAAUUGCAUAUGAACUCGGCGUAAGAAGGCUCCAGGAGACGCUCACGGUCCCAAAAGCCAUCGGUGCUCUGUCAAAGCUAUGA